GAAGCGAGAUAAAUGUAGGUGGCAGUGGCAGGUGGCGGAGUCUAUAAAAGACCAAGUUUGUGUUAAAAGAAGCUUCACCUAUGCCAACUUUCUUCAUGCUCUCUCUCUCUCUCUCUCACACACACACUCUCACUCUUCUUUCUUCAACCCACUCUCACGCUCUGUCUCUUUUCUCCCAACUUCUUCUACCAAAUUGAAACCCAACACAACAUAACCUUUUCUUUUUCAAACUCACACACACCACUCGGUUAGUGUUUCCUUCUGUGUGGAUCAAUGGACCAGUUUCUCUUCAAACCAGAGAAGGCCAACGCCAUUCAAACACACAACCUCUUCGCCGCCGUUUCCAAAACCCUUCGCAUUCUCGAGCUCUGCCUCCUCUUCCUCCUCCUCUCCUGGCUCCUCACGCGCCUACCCUUCGCCUUCGCCCUCUCCGCGCAAUUCCUCACCCGCCUCCUCUCCUUCGCCGCCAGCCCUCUCUUCGUCUUCGCCCUCUCCAACGCCAUCAUCGCCGCUCUACUCGCCCAGUCCCGCCGCCUCUCCGGUCCCCACUCCGCGGCCGACACUCUCUACCACGAUUUCCUCAACUCCCGUGCUCCCGUACUCCACGCGCCUCCGCCGCGCGUGCUGCCGGAGCCCGAGUACCAUGACAAGCAGGUCAUAGCCGAGACGGUUCAGGAUCGGCCCAGUGUCGACCCCGCCGCGAAGUACCGCCGGAGCAAGUCAGAGAACUGGAAAGGAGACAGCGUAAAAACGCCGCGGAGGCGAAAUCUCCGUCGGUCGGAGACCGAGAAGCGGCUCAAAACCCCCCCGGAAAAUUUGUACCCGCAGGAUAAGCUGAGCAAUGAGGAGUUUCAACGCGCCAUUGAAGCGUUCAUCGCGAAGCAAUUGAGGUUUCUUAGGGAAGAGUCUUCUGCCAUUGUUGUUCAGAAUCCGUCAUAGGUUUUCAAACCUAGAAAAAAAAAAAAAUGGAUUGAAUAAUGAAAAACUGUUUAAAAAAAAAAAAGAGAUAAUAUAAGGCAGUGGCACUACUACUACAUUGUGUGAAAGUGUGUGUUUUAGGGUGAAUAAGCAAUGAGUAAUGUUGUUAGUAAUGAUUUUGUUUUUGGCGAAAAUAAGGUGAGGAAAUACGUGCGUAAUGAGGUGGCCUGGAACUGAAGAAUAUGUUCCUUGAUGGAGAAUUGGUAGCGAUGCUGAUCUUAUUCUACAGUUUAUAGUUUGAUUAGCUAGCUAUGAGAGAAAUGGAAGGGAAUGGAAUUGUAUUCCUAACAAACGUGAAUGGUUGAUGCUUGAUUUCUUGA